UGCACAUACGCAAGUACGCCAUUUUGGCAGAUGUUCUUAUUCACAGCGAGGUACAGAUGUGGUUUGACAUUUCUACCAAUAUAUACUAUAAUAUACUGUAUGGACACUGGUUUGUGGAGCUACUGUACUUAUACCACACGUCUAAAAGUCCGAACUCUAAAGAUAUCAGGAAGAGGAAGUUCGUUCCACCACCUCGCUGUCAGAACAGAGAAGAGUACUGAUGAGAACCUUCCUUGUACCCUGAGAGAUGGUGGGAGCAGUGGAGCAGUGCUAGAAGAUCUGAGUGCAGUGUGAGGAGGAGAAGAGAAGAGCUUUGUGGUGCAGAACUGAAAUAUGCCACGACACGUUUCUAGAGUCAGAGCCCAAGUGCCUGCAAGAAGCAGAAUGAGAACUAAUACAGGAUUUGGUGGAAACAGACAUCACACAACUAGAACACACUAUAAUCCAGGUGUUAGAGGAAACUUCCAUCACAACAAUAGAACACGUAAUCCAGGAUUAAGAGGAAAUUCACAUCACACAACAAGAACACACAUUAAUCCAGGUUUUAGAGGAAACUUCCAUCACAACAGAAGAACAAAUCCUAAUCCAGGUGUAAGAGGAAACCAUCACAACCAGAGGACAAAUCCUAAUCCAGGUGUUAGAGGAAACCAUCACAAUCAGAGGACAAAUCCUAAUCCAGUGAAUGCAGGCAGAGGAGGGUUACAUCCACACCGAAGAGGGAAUUCUAAUCCAGGAUUUAGAGGAAAAACACACCACACAAAAAGAACACAUCCUAAUUCAGGUGUUAGAGGAAACGUCCCCCACAACCAGAGGACAAAUCCUAAUCCAGGACACAGACAGGUGCUGGACAAAAGGAGGGUCAAUGUCCAGGGGGUCAAGAACCCAAUGAUACGUGGCGGGAAAACCGUAUCAGUGCUGGAGUUGCUGAAACAGAAACUAAAAGCUGACACAGUGCUGACGGUCCGUCCCCGAGUCCAAAGGAGUGGAAGAGUUAGAGGAAACACAAGAAACACCCUUUCAGUUCUGAACUUACUGAAACAGAAGCUGAAAUCUAAUCGAGUGCUGAUGGUCCGUCCAAGAGUCCAACACAUCCCACCUGCUGUGACUCUACAUCCUGUUCCUGUGGCUCCUACAAACGCAAGAACAGUUUCAUACCAACCGCGAUAUGGAGUGCAUCAUGACCACAGAGACAGGACUCCACAACCAGCCAUUCACAACUCCGGCCAACAAGUGGCCUGUAACUCGGCAACCGCUGCUCGGAUCCAGAAGCUAGACAACACUCCAGCUGAUAAUGAGAAUAUUUCAGAAGUCAAAGACGAAUACAUGCUGUUUCUAAAGGACCAGCGAGCCGACUUAAUCGAUAAAGUUAAAAAUGUAGUUAGAAUAGUGGAUUACCUUGAGCUAUCCAAUGAGAAAGCAGCAAUCGUGCGAGCACAGCUGACCGACCAGGCCAUGAUGAGGAAACUUCUGGAGUUUACAACCAGCAGACGUGCUGCAGAGCUCCUGAUUAAUGUCUUGUGGGAACAAGCAGGUGAUGUCAUGGAAGAUCUUAUUGAUGUUGAGGAUGGAGAUGAUGCUGGAGAUGAUGCUGAUGCUAGAGAUGAUGCUACAGAUGAUGCUACAGAUGAUUCUGGAGAUGAUGCUGAUGCUAGAGAUGAUGCUGGAGUAAUAUAUAUUGUAAAUGGAUAAAGAAGAUUUACUUUACAAGUAAUUAUCGUUUAAUCACGUUUUGACCAGAGAUACAGUAGAUUGCCUUGGCUAAUAUUUAUUGUAGUAAGACUGACUGAUACCAUGACUGACUAAGUGAAUGUUUAAUUAUCGGUAUUUUACCCAACUUCGUCAUCUAAUGACAAUCUUGCAGCCUAAUUACAACCGACAACUUUGUCUAUGUAAGUUUUUUAUUUAGCGGAUUAAAUUUAUAUGUUUUUAUACCAAUCCCAUUGCUUAAAUAUUAAAAACAAAUGAAAAGGAAAGUCCAUUUGUAAGAUUGUAUGAAUCAAGUAAUAAAUAAAUCAUGAUAAAUCCUUA